AUGCAUUUUAUCCAAAAACUCUUCGUUUCUUCAAGUACGAAGCUUUCAUCGGAACUCGGUGAUGUAGCAACAGCAUCUCUUCCGAGUCCAUUGGAAACUUCAACAGCGGUUUGUACAACUCCAAAUCAGGCUAGAAGAGUUCUGAAAACUAUUGAUGGCCAACUGCUGGUUCUUUGUGCUGACGAUGUCAAAUAUCUUUCGGUUAUCGAAAAUAUGUUUGUCAACUUAAAAUUGUCAAAUGGAGAAGCUCCUGAAGAGCAAUUCGUGCACAUUCCAAUUUCGAUUCAGUCUGAAACCAUGUACAAAAUAAUUGAUUGGAGUCGUGCGGCAAAGAAAACCGACGAGUCGAAAUUAGAUUUCUGUCAGUUUUUCCCAAAUAUAAAUAUCAAGGAAGCCAUUCAAAUCCUCGAGGCCAGUUUAUUCCUUGGACUCAUCAAGCUCGAGAAAUGUGCUGCAAAGUGGAUUGCAUCCAAGUUAGAAGGGAAGAGCACAUCUGAAAUGGCUCAGAUUCUGGAAGUUCCGAAGGUUGGAUUGAAUGAAGAAAGCCAGGAACAAUUAAAUCAAUUCAAGUUUGUCACUCCUCCAUACCUCGACUGA